GACCGCAUGUUACUGGACAACCCCGACAUCCACGUUACUUCCCAAGCCAUCUAUUUUUGGCGACUUGCUACACGGGCUACGCUGCAGCAACCUGGCCGGUGACGGGUUGCAAGGUGCCCUCAGUGAGGAGGCAGGCAGUGCAGACCAGCAAGCAGCGCGUGCGUGCGAAGAGAUCCAGCCCUGGCAAUCGCAGAUACUGGUUCAUCCGCACCAACAAGGAGAUCCUGGCCGCAAAGACGGCCGGGGACAUGCGAAAGCUCCUGCAGACCUUUGUCAAGGAGUCGCGGUCAUUGAACAGCGUGAAUUUGGCAACUAUCCUUUACCAGGGCGCUAAGAUGGAUGCUGCUGAGGUGUUUUCCAAAGAGAGCCUGGCGCUACUGGCGCGCAGUCUGCACGAAGAGGAACUCGAUGCACGGCAACUGGCCAACGCGUUGUACGGCCUGCAAAGCAUGCACCUUCGUCGUUUGGUC